AUGGCGCCUCUUAAUCCGGCCGCAGUACAGUGGCCCAAUUUUCCACGAAAGUCUAUACUGCCACCUGGUCGCGAUGCAGAGAGUAGGGAUCCCGCACAGUCAGCUGACGAACGCGACUUUGAAGAUGCCCAGUCUGCUGAUGAAAACGGCGGUGGAGCUGGCUUGGAGUUUGAUGAUCUUAUUGGCUCAUACUCAGUACCCUACGAUGACUUGGGCGAUAACGAUGCUUACUUCGACGUCUUCGACAGUACAGCCAUGUUAUCUCAUGAUACCCUGAAUAACGGUGGUAGUCUACCCGGCGGUGACACUAAUCUUCGUGAAGGGCCUCCAUUUCCCUUCGUCUUGAAAAAUACCUACCAUAACUUGGACAACAGCAAUAGUCUGUCUAGCAGCAACACGACCCUUCCAGAGGGACUCACCUUACCAGUGAUCUUGACUUGUCCCAAUUUACCAGGUGGAAUACCAAUCUUCAGACAGUUCGUCAAACCAAAGACUUACGCCAAGCGCCUCGUCAAACAGAAUGAGCAGUUCAACCUCUCGGCCGACGAAUUGAGGACGGCGUAUGUUAUUGCCGUGAAUAUGGCCAAGCCAUACGUGGAUCUUACCAAACUACCCAAGAGAAGCCGUCUUGAUCGUCUAAAUGAUGCAGACAGGCAGGCCAUAAUUGAUCUCGAAAUCCAGAAAGUCAUAGCCCAGAUCCAAACUGAUGAGAUAUUAAGCAAAGACGAGCAAAUUCAUCAUGUUCGGACAAUGAUUGCAGAGUCGCCCGACAACAAGAAUAUUGUAAAAUGGCUCGCCCGAGAGAAACGCUUAACUACACCCAAAACAAUUCUCGAUCCCGAGCCCAAUGUUCCUACAGUUCCCACUCUCAACAAGGAGGAGAGGACAAGACAACCCUGCUCGGAAAAUUUCAACGAUCCAUAUGAAUCUCGCGACGAUGCUCUCCUCCCAGCAGGUCUUUCCAUACCUUCCAUCAUAAUAAGUCACAAGAAAUCAACAGAACUCCCGAUUCUGAGACAGUUCGUCAGGCCAGAGACCUUCGCGCGGUGGGUUAUCCGGGACAACCAGCACCUCACUCUAACCACCGGUCAAAUCAAGGCCAUCUACAUUCACGCCGUCAAUGCAUCUAGAGAGUAUAUAGAUCUCAGCAACCUGCGAAAUCGUGGCCUAGAAGAAGCGGAGGUACAAGCUGAAGCUGAGCUGGAGAUCCAACAGGUCGUUGCACGGGUCCACGAAACCCCGCUGUUGAGCAAAAACGAACAGAUCGCGCAGAUACGGGCAAAGAUGGCGACGGCUAGCAGUGUUAAAAUGCUUGAUAAGCUACUCAGGCAGGAGCGCAGAUUGAAUACGCCAAGGGUCUCUCCGGCUUGCAAAAAUGAGAAAAAAUGGUCCGCUAAAGAGGCCAUGGCAAAGAAAUCAGCCUUCAGUGGCGAGCCCAAGAUCCGCAGGGUCAGGGAGAGCCUUGUUGGAAAAGAAACGGCAGAUGAUCCCGCUGGAAGCAUUAACAACUUCGGAGGAGUUACAGGUUCGGAUGGAAGCCAAGAAUCUGCUGUUAAUAUGGGGCCGACAAGUUCCAUCAAUACCGCGAAGCUCCAAGAGGACGGCAAUACAGAUCCAGAGAGGAGACGACUAGCUGAACAUGCUAGGGGGGAAAAGCAAGCAAAGAAGAGCAAAUUCGUGCAAGAUGAUGUGGACUUCUACGGAAGCCUGGGAGCCAUAGCUGACAACCCACUGGACUCCGACAGUGUAGCUGGAUCCGACGAUUCUCAGAACUCUAGAAUGCUUCCGCCGGCUGGAGAUUGGUACCCCAUCAACUAUGUGGAGGCUGAUGGGUGGCUGGAUGCGUACUUUGGGCCUAUGCCGGCUGAGAUCCGCUCUAUUAAGAAGGAUCGGGGGGAGUUUGACUUCUUGACGUACACUGUUCGGUACCUUACUGCCAUGAAGAAGGAGCGGGAUGGUGAGUGA